UUCCAAGAUCUUGGUCAUCCUGCCCGCACAAUGGUUAAUGUUUUCGCUUACGGCGAAAAUGAAAAGAUGCAGAAAAUCCUGAAUAGCCAACCCUCGAAUGUGCUCGACCUUGAUGCACCGACGUGGAGAGAGAUUUGGCCGCGAUUGUUUGUGACGCAUUGUACCAUGUGGUCUUGGGACGUCGGAUGCUCGGAUGCUCGAGAGUAUAUCGCCCAUAUGCUUGCAUCUGCGCGGCUUGCAGAACACUUUGAGGAGGGGAAGGUCAUCGAUGAUAAUUUGUAUGCGGAGAUCGUCAGAUAA